AUGCGUAAUGAUACUCAAUCUUCAGAAAAUAAAUAUACAUCAAUGAAGAAAUCUAAUAUUCCAAAAGAUCCUAUGCUUAGAUUAAUACAACUUCAAAUUUGGGCACAGUUAGAUAAUGCUAAAGAAUUAUUCUCAAAAAUGUUUCUAGUAAAUGAAUUACAAUGGUUACUUUGGGCAUUUGGAGAUAGU